AUGCUUUUCCUGAUUAAAAUCUUCUCUGAUUUUCGAGUUCGAUCGGUAGCGGGAGCGGAGAGCGGACCCCAGAGAGCCCUGAGCAGCCCCACCGCCGCCGCCGGCCUAGUUACCAUCAUACCCCGGGAGGAGCCGCAGCUGCCACAGCCGGCCCCAGUCACCAUCACCGCAACCAUGAGCAGCGAGGCCGAAACCCAACAGCCGCCCGCCACCCCCGCCCCCCCCAAAUCGCUGCCGACACCAAGCCCGGCAUCACGGGCAGCGGCGCAGGGAGCAGCGGCCCGGGCGGCCUCACAUCUGCGACAAGAAGGUCAUCGCAACGAAGGUUUGGGAACAGUAAAAUGGUUCAAUGUAAGAAACGGAUAUGGUUUCAUCAACAGGAAUGACACCAAGGAAGAUGUAUUUGUACACCAGGGUGCGGAGGCAGCAAAUGUUACAGGCCCUGGUGGAGUUCCAGUACAAGGCAGUAAAUAUGCAGCAGACCGUAACCAUUAUAGACGCUAUCCACGUUGCAGGGGUCCUCCACGCAAUUACCAGCAGAAUUACCAGAAUAGUGAGAGCGGGGAGAAGAAUGAGGGAUCAGAGAGUGCUCCCGAAGGCCAGGCCCAACAGCGCCGGUCCUAUCGCUGGCGACGGUUCCCACCUUACUACAUGCGGAGACCCUAUGGGCGUCGACCACAGUAUUCCAACCCUCCUGUACAGGGAGAAGUGAUGGAGGGUGCUGACAACCAGGGUGCAGGAGAACAAGGCAGACCAGUGAGACAGAAUAUGUAUCGGGGCUACAGACCACGAUUCCGCAGGGGCCCUCCUCGCCAAGGACAGCCUAGAGAGGACCGCAAUGAAGGAGAUAAGGAAAAUCAAGGAGAUGAGACCCAAGAUCAGCAGCCACCUCAACGUCAGUACCGCCGCAACUUCGAUUACAGACGCAGACGCCCAGAAAACCCAAAACCACAAGAUGGCAAAGAGACAAAAGCAGCCGAUCCACCAGCUGAGAAUUCGUCCGCUCCCAAGGCUGAGCAGGGCGGGGCUGAGUGAAAAAUGCCGUCUUACCAUCUUUACCAUCAUCCGGUUUAGUCAUCCAACAAGAAGAAAUAUGAAAUUCCAGCAGUAAGAAAUGAACAAAAGAUUGGAGCUGAAGACCUUAAGUGCUUGCUUUUUGCCCGUUGACCAGAUAACUAGAACUAUCUGCAUUAUCUAUGCAGCAUGGGGUUUUUAUUAUUCUUACCUAAAGAUGUCUCUUUUUGGUAAUGACAAACGUGUUUUUUAAGAAAAAAAAAAAAAAAAGCCUGGUUUUUCUCAAUACACCUUUAAAGGUUUUUAAAUUGUUUCAUAUCUGGUCAAGUUGAGAUUUUUAAGAACCUCAUUUUUAAUUUGUAAUAAAAGUUUACAGCUUGAUUUUUUCAAAAAAGUCAACAAACUGCAAGCACCUGUUAAUAAAGGUCUUAAAUAAUAA